AUGGAAGCUCUCUCAAGAAGAGAAGAAGAAUCAGUGAUGGAACUUGCAAAAUCUCAAGCUUUGAAAGCGUGUGAUGAUUUAGUCCGUGCCUUUGCUCAUUGUGCCGAAGGGAGGACGUUUUCUUUACCAUUUGCUUGUCGAACACAUUUGAAUGCUAUGCAAGGAUGUAUGAGAGAAUACAUGACUCAAGAUCGAUUAGACGAUAUGAAACUUGAUUAUAUAGCUCAUCGAUCGGAGAAAGGUAGACAAGCUGUUGAAGAGCUGAAAGCUGCCAGACUUGUAAAAUUGAAAAAGAUGAUGGGGAGGGGUAACGAAGUUUGA